CAUCAGUAAAGACAAUACACAGGAUAAAAAGCUUCGAAUCGGCUGAGAGAAUGGUCAAUCCAAGAGACACCCCACAAGAGAUUGUCUGGGCAGGUCAUGUGACACAUCCGGAGUCAUCAGAGCUACCAAUGUUAGACUUAAAUAAAAUACUAGUCGCUACCAAUAACUUCAGCCAACCAAAUAAACUUGGGGAAGGAGGAUUUGGCCCUGUUUAUAAGGGAAAGCUAGAAGACGGGCAACAAAUAGCAGUGAAAAGACUUUCUAGUCAUUCAGGACAAGGCAAUGAAGAGUUCAAGAAUGAGAUCAUAUUGAUCUCCAAACUGCGGCACAGGAAUCUUGUUAGGCUUUUGGGUUGCUGCAUUGAAGGAGAAGAGAAGAUUUUGGUUUAUGAGUACCUGACAAACAGAAGCCUGGACACGAUUCUCUUCGGUAGGUUUUGACUUGGCAAUUUUUCUUAUUGAAUUAAUGAAUAUAAACAAUAAUGAAAGUUGCGUAUCUUGUUUAUUUUGUAGAUUGGAAGUUUCAUCAGGAAUAUUUUAUAUUUUAUUGACUAAAAUCUGUGUUAUUUUUUUUUCCAUGAAAACCAAUUGUUAUGCCAAGUUAUCCUACUUGCAAGGAUGGAUCUAGGGGGGCUAGGAGGGCGGCCGCACCCCAGAAAUUUGAAA